AUGAUUCCUCUCACGUUCCUGCAGAUUAAGAAGGAGGUUCCGACUCUUCAGCAGAAGGAACCUCCGCCCUCUGUGCUCGAGGCUGACCUGACAGAGUUCGAUGUGGCGAGUUCUCACCUGCCACUCGAGGUGCUGUACAUGCUGAAGAAUGUCAGAGUCCUGGGUCACUUUGAGAAGCCGCUGUUCCUGGAGCUGUGUAAGCACAUGGUGUUCCUGCAGUUCCAGCAGGGAGAGUACAUCUUCAGCCUGGGCCAGGCUGACAACAGCAUUUACGUGGUGCAGGACGGCAAAGUGGAGCUCAGCCUGAUGGGGAGUGAUGGAAAGGAAAACAUUGUUAAGGAAGUUUUUCCUGGAGACAGUGUGCACAGUUUGCUCAGUAUUCUUGAUGUGAUCACAGGUCAUCAGCGGCCAUACCGCACUGUGUCAGCUCGGGCCACUGAGGUCUCCACUGUCCUCUGCUUACCGGUGGAAGCGUUCCAGGCCAUCUUCGAGAAGUACCCGGAGAGCCUGGUCAGAGUGGUGCAGAUCAUCAUGGUGCGUCUGCAGCGAGUGACGUUCGUGGCUUUGCACAACUACCUGGGUCUGACUAACGAGCUGUUCAUUCACGAGAACCAGUCCAGUCGUCAGUUUGCACAGCAGUCGCACGCCUCACGCACCAGCCCCGUCAGGCACGGCCGUCGCUUCACCAGCACGUCCGUGGCAGAGGAUCAGAGAGAGCCGGCAGGUAAAGGGGCAGCAGAGAGCGCAAGUGACAUGUCAAAGGGAGGAGCAUUGGACCUGGUUGGGGCUCCAGUGCUCAGCAGAUGUAUCUCCAUGCCAGUGGACAUCUCAGGAAUACAGAAAGGGCUUCGGUCAGACUUCGACAUGGCGUACGAGCGGGGAAGGAUUUCGGUGUCGUUACAGGAAGACGUUCCCUUGACUCCCUUACAUCUCGCCAGAUCUGCACCGCAAGAGCCGAGGGAGCGUAGAUUUGUGGCUUCAGAGGAACCUUCGAUCAGCGGUGACCACGAUGGGGAACAUGACGCCGGGGCCGAUUAUGUCUACGGCACAACUCAAGGCAAACACAGCAUAUUCGAGGAGGCAAAGCAGGAGCUGCAGAAACUGAUGCAGAUUGAGGAUCCGACACUGCUCGACAACCGUGUGUCCCUGCACCAAGCCAAGGCUGGCACCAUCCUGGCUCGGCAAGGAGACCAGGAUGUCAGUCUGCACUUUGUGCUGUCGGGCUGGCUGCACGUUUACCAGCGAAUGAUCGACAAGGAGGAGGACGUGUGCCUGUUUGUGACCCAGCCGGGGGAGAUUGUAGGGCAGUUGGCUGUGCUGACGGGAGAACCUCUCAUCUACACCAUCAAAGCCAACCGCGAAUGCACCUUCCUCAAGAUCUCCAAGUCCGACUUCUAUGAAAUCAUGCGAGAGCAGCCGAACGUGGUGCUGAGCAUUGCCCACACCGUGGCCGUGAGGAUGUCUCCCUUCGUCCGGCAGAUGGACUUCGCCAUUGACUGGAUGGCGGUGGAAGCGGGGCGCGCCCUCUACAGGCAGGGAGACCGGUCAGACUGCACCUACAUUGUGCUGAAUGGGCGUCUGCGCUCCGUCAUCAGGAAAGGCAACGGCAAGAAGGAGCUGGUGGGGGAGUACGGGCGCGGGGACCUGAUCGGAGUGGUUGAGGCACUGACUCAUCAGCCACGAGCCACCACCAUGCAUGCUGUGCGGGACACUGAACUGGCCAAGCUCCCCGAGGGCACCCUCAACAACAUCAAGAGGCGGUACCCUCAGGUUGUGACUCGACUGAUCCAUUUACUGGGACAGAAGAUCCUGGGGAAUCUCCAGCAGGUACAUGGAUCAUUCCCAGCCACUGGGUUUGGGCUCCCGUCCACCAGCAGCGCGGACGUGACCAACCCAACCAGCAACCUGUCCACGGUGGCCGUGCUUCCCGUGUGCGACGAUGUGCCAAUCGCUGCCUUCAGCCUGGAGUUGACUCACGCACUCAACGCCAUCGGUCCUACCCUACUCCUGACCAGCGAUAGCAUCCGGCAGAGGCUGGGAGCAUCAGCACUGGACAGCAUCCACGAAUACCGGCUGUCAGGCUGGCUGGUGCAGCAGGAAGACAUCCACCGCAUUGUCCUGUACCAGACCGACUACACCAUGACCCCCUGGACCCAGCGCUGUGUCCGCCAAGCUGACUGUAUCCUCAUCGUGGGGCUGGGCGAUCAGGAACCUGCUUUGGGAGAGCUGGAGCAGAUGUUGGAGAACACCGCAGUGCGAGCGCUGAAGCAGUUGAUCCUGUUACACAAGGAGGACAGUCCCAGCCCCGCCCGCACUGUCGAGUGGCUGAAUAUGAGAAGCUGGUGCUCGGGGCAUCUCCACAUCAGGUGCCCCCGGAGGAUCUUCUCACGUCGGAGUCUUGUCAAAUUGAAAGAGAUGUACGAAAAGGUGUUUCAGAAAACGGUUGACCGGCACAGUGACUUUUCCCGUCUGGCGCGGGUCCUGACCGGGAACACCAUUGCCUUAGUCCUGGGCGGAGGUGGAGCCAGAGGCUGCUCACACGUGGGGGUGAUGAAAGCCAUGGAGGAGGCCGGCAUUCCCAUUGACAUCGUCGGGGGAACCUCCAUCGGCUCGUUCAUAGGAGCCCUGUACGCCGAGGAGCGCAGUGCCGUGAGAACCAAACAGCGAGCCAGAGAAUGGGCCAAAGCCAUGAACUCAGUCUUCAAAACUGUGUUGGAUCUGACCUACCCCAUCACCUCCAUGCUCUCGGGCUCAGCGUUCAACACCAGCAUCGCCGAGGUCUUUGAGGAGAAGCAGAUCGAGGACCUGUGGAUUCCGUAUUUCAACGUGACGACAGAUAUCACAGCUUCCGCCAUGCGAGUGCACAAGGAUGGCAGUGUCUGGCGUUACGUCAGAGCCAGCGCCUCGUAUGUCCCUUAUUUACCUCCUCUGUGUGACCCGAAGGAUGGCCAUUUGCUUGUGGACGGCUGCUAUGUAAACAAUGUCCCAGGCUCCCUGUGGCGUUACGUGCGAGCAAGCAUGUCUCUCUCGGGGUACCUGCCGCCACUUUGCGACCCAAAGGACGGACAUUUGCUGAUGGACGGAGGCUACAUCAACAACCUGCCAGCGGAUAUCGCAAAGACCCUGGGAGCGAAGACGGUGAUCGCCAUCGACGUGGGGAGCCAGGACGAAACCGAUCUGUCCAACUACGGAGACAGCCUCUCGGGGUGGUGGCUGCUAUGGAAACGCCUGAAUCCGUGGGCGGAAAAAGUCAAAGUGCCGGACAUGUCGGAGAUCCAGUCGCGCCUGGCCUACGUGUCUUGUGUGCGGCAGCUGGAGGUGGUGAAGGGCAGUGCCUACUGCGAGUACAUCAGGCCUCCCAUCGACCGCUUCAAAACCAUGGACUUCGGCAAGUUUGACGAAAUUUACGACGUGGGGUUCCAGCACGGCAAGGUGGUCUUCGGCGGCUGGAGCCGAGGAGACAUCAUCGACAAGAUGCUGAAGGACAGGAAGUCUCUGGAUUUCUCCGAGAGCAAAGAGCGAAACGCCAGUCUGGGGGGCAACGCAGCUUUCACAGACCUCGCCGAGAUCGUCUCCCGCAUCGAUCCCCCCAAGAGCUACCACUUAACAGAUGCUGAAGAGUCAGAUUACCUGACAGAAUACGAGGAUGAAGCCAUGGAUGCCAUGAGGGGGGAGGAGGAGGAGGGUCAGGAGCCAGAGGGGGCCGAGUGGAACCAGGAUCCCGUCUUCGAACCCGAAGAAGAGAGAAACGUCAGGAAGCGGACAUCUCUGAAGGCCUCGGAGGAAUCGCUCUCCCAGUCCGACACAUAAACCACCCCCCGCCACACACACAUGAUGAAUACCCCACACACACACAUGAAUACC